CUAUUCGGGAUUGGCCCCGCCCCUCCGCGAUCAGCUGCGCCCAGCGUCACGUGACCGCCUCGGUUCAUAUGAACGGGAGUCACGUGCCGUAUUCCCUAGUCAAGGGGAACCUGCUGCUGCCGCCGGGAGAUGGGGCCCGUCCUGCUCUGCGCGCUGCUGCUGGCCGCCCCCUGCGUCGGGGCUGCGCCCUCCGCCGACGAGGUGACCUACCUGCCGGGGCUGGCCAAGCAGCCCUCCUUCCGGCAGUACUCGGGCUACCUCCGCAUCGACCCGCACAAGCGUCUGCACUACUGGUUUACAGAGGCUCAGAGCAACCCUGAGAGCAGCCCUCUGGUGCUGUGGCUGAACGGGGGACCUGGCUGCAGCUCCAUGUCUGGCUUAUUGACAGAGCAUGGCCCCUUCACGAUCCAGCCGGAUGGGACCACCCUGCAGUACAAUGACUAUUCCUGGAAUAAGAUUGCCAACAUGCUGUACCUGGAGUCCCCAGCAGGUGUUGGCUUCUCAUACUCUGAUGACAAAGACUAUGCCACUAAUGACACCCAGGUGGCCCGUGAUAACUACUUGGCGCUGAAGGAGUUCUUCCGCCUCUUUCCGGAGUACAGCAAGAACAAGUUCUUCCUCACCGGGGAGAGCUAUGCUGGCAUUUACAUACCCACGCUGGCUGAGUGGGUGAUGCAGGACUCCAGCAUCAACUUGAAGGGACUUGCUGUGGGAAACGGCCUCUCCUCCUAUGAGAUCAAUGACAACUCCCUGGUUUACUUUGCCUAUUACCACGGCCUCCUGGGAACCGGGCUGUGGACAGAUCUGCAGCGCUUCUGCUGCUCCCAGGGAAAAUGCAACUUCCAUAAAAACUCCAACCUGAACUGCACACUCAGGAUGCAAGAGAUGAUCCAGAUCGUGGAGGAGUCAGGCCUGAACAUCUACAAUCUCUAUGCCUCAUGUGCUGGCGGUGUCCCUGGAAGCUACAGGUAUUAUCAGGACCAGCUCAUCAGCCAUGACCUGGGCAUCUCCUUCAUCCAGCAGCCCCUGAAACACUCCUGGAGGCAGAAUCUGCUCCGGAUGCCAGCAGCCAAGAAAGGGGUUCGCCUAGAACCCCCCUGCACCAACUCCACAGCCUCCACCACCUACCUGAACACCCCUGAAGUGAGGCAGGCGCUGCACAUCUCUCCAGAGGCACCUGAGUGGCAUAUAUGCAGUUCGGAGGUGAACCACAACUACAAGCGGCAGUACAUGACUGUGAACGACCAGUACCUGAAGCUGCUUGGCACCAUGAAAUACCGGAUCCUGGUGUACAAUGGUGAUGUCGACAUGGCCUGCAACUUCCUGGGGGAUGAGUGGUUCGUGGACUCCCUGGACCAGAAGGUGCAAGUGGCCCGCAGGCCCUGGCUGUACAACGAUGGGACUGAAGACCAGAUCGGGGGCUUUGUGAAGGAAUUCACCAACAUCGCCUUCCUCACCAUCAAGGGAGCCGGCCAUAUGGUGCCCACAGACCAACCGCAAGCUGCCUUCACCAUGUUCAGACGCUUCAUUCAACAGCAGCCCUACUGAGAGCCUGGCAGAGCAGGGCCUGCACUGCUGCCUGGGCAGCUCCUCUCCCCUCCCUCUCCCAGGCCAUGGGCCAGUGCCUGGCAGGACCAGGGCCUCUCACUGCUCAGCAACUGCAGCAGAUACGGGUUUUCCAGUGUGGAGGCAAAGCCUCUGGCUGCUGGCACAGGCUAGUGGGUGUCCUCCUGCUCCCUAGCUCCUCUAGCCGGGGCAGACUGACCUGCCCUUCCCCUCGCAGGGGGCUCCUGCCUGUUGGCAGUGCACGGCAGGGGUGGGGGCUAGGGCUCAGUGGCUGGGAGGCUGCUGUCUCUCCUAGCGGGGCUGGUUUCACUCUCCAGAGCUCCUGCUGUGGCCUUUACCUCCUGGGGCUCUGCUGCCUCCUGCCCUGGUUCCUGGAGCUGCCCUCUCCCCUUGGGGGUGGAACAGCACCCACCCUCUGGCCUUGUUCUGCUCCCAGGCCUCUCACCCCAUCACCCUGGGCCUGCAGGCGGCCUUGCUGUAGCCCCCAGUGCUGUCUCAGGUCUACCCGGGGGAAGUUCUCAUGUGUUGCGAUGAAGGUGGUGUGAAAUGAAGACAGUCCUAGCCCUGCCCCACUUGCUCCCUGGGGCAUGGGCUGUUCCCUGGGCAUUGCAAUAAAACGUCACAGCUGAACCUGGA